GAUGGAUCAAGGUGGUACACACUCAGCUGCAGUACCACAUCAAAUAUCGAGGAUCUUCCAGAUCCGAAAAUGUUUUUUUUUUCUCUUUCGUACGCUCUGAAGAUGACGACCUAUAACAGAUCCUUGUGUGGAUACGAGCCUGAAAUAUUCUCCUUAAACCGAAAAAGCGUCUUAUCCAAUGACGUUGUCGUGCUGAUGAAUCCACAUCCCCUUUCGGGCCAACUUUGCCUCCAAUAUCGGGAUAUUUUUACCAAGGCACCCGGGCUGCAUAUCAGCAGCGAGGUUCCCAAGGUUUUGGUUGGAAGCCACGGUGGAAAGUGUGGAAACACGACGUUGGGGAGCGUAGUUGCCUUUCUUGAUUAUGGAGCGUGUUUCUGUUCUCUCCUCCCUUUGCUUUGCUUUCUUCUCUUUCUUCCUUCCUUCCUGUUCGUCUGUUCGCUGUGAAAUCUUUUAGACGUUCGUUGGAUUGUUGGUGCAUUGUUGGUUGCUUGAAAGGGCAGUUUCUUUGCCUUUGCUUAUUCUUCUUAUCGUCUCUGGAUUUCUUUUGACCUGGUUUGUUGGCGUGGGUGGUGUCGAUUCAAUUUAUUCUUCUGCCUGCAGCUGGGAGCAAUAAUACGACCUCAUCUGUAUCGAUUCGGAAAUCACGAUUUUCGAGAACUUGCCUCCUCAGAUAUUUACCAUUAAAUCUCACGAUCCCCAUCAAUCCUCCUAAUACUUUGUUUGCUUCCCUCGUCCCUCAAAAUGCACACCUCUUCCAUCCUCACCCUGCUCGUCGCAACCUCCCUCACAACAGCCCAAACCUCCUCGCCAAAACGCGGACUCGUCUUUGUACCUAACCCCAAACAUGCACCUGAUAACCAGAUCUGGGUCCAGGGCCAAACAGAUCUAACAUGGUACUACAACUACCAACCCACGCCCUCACCAGCAUACCUCAACCUCUCACAAGAAACCUUCGAGUUCGUCCCUAUGCUGUGGUCGCCCUCUGAUACCUUUUUCCUCACGAUUGAAGGGCUUAUCAAGGGUGGGAGGAAUAUCACCCAUGUGAUGGGAUAUAAUGAACCCGACGGGGAACAUGCUACGGGCGGGAGUAGUCUUGAUCCCCUCGUGGCGGCGAAGAACUGGAUUGCGCAGAUGAAUCCACUCUCGAAAUUGGGGGUGAAGUUGGGCGCUCCGGCUGUGACGGGGAGUGAGAGGGGAAUGGGGUGGUUGAAGAGCUUUUUUAAGGCGUGUACGGAGCAGGGAGCGAAUUGCACAGUUGAUUUCUUCCCGAGCCAUUGGUAUGGGAAUUUUGAGGGUUUGGCGAGCCAUCUGGGAGAAAUUUCUGGGACGUAUGUUCUUCCCUCCCUCUCCUUUCACCCCGUCAUAAACACUAUAGAAACACUGUAAAUUCUAACCUCCUCAUAAAGUUUCCCAAACAAAACAAUCUGGAUAACCGAGUACGCACUAAACAACCAGUCAUUAUCAGACACCCAGUUCUUCUUCAACACCUCCGCAUCCUACUUUGAUCGUCUCGAGAAUGUGGGAAGAUACUCAUACUUUGGUAGCUUUCGCAGUGAUGUUUCUAAUGUGGGACCUAAUGCGGCGAUGUUGAAUAAUGCGGGGGAGUUGACGGAUAUUGGGGCUUGGUAUUUGGGACGGAAGGGAGCGGGUGUCCAGCCUGGGGGGAAGAGUGAGGGGGUAAGGAGGGGUGUGGGUGUUUGGGAGGUUGUUGGGCUGGUUGGAGCUUUGAGUUUGGUUUUGUGGUGAAUGGGAGAGGUGGGUGGAUGGAUAAUGGAAUGGCGUUCUUGGAUGGAUGGUAUGGUUUUGACGGAUCAUGGGAAUGUGAAGAAAGCAGUGGAACAUGAGAUAAUGGGGUUUUGGCUGUAGAUAUCAGGUUUGGGACAGCACGGGGUUCUUGGGAGAUUUAAUUCGGGGGAGAAGUGUUGGUGGGUAUAUACCACAUGGUAUAAGUACGUACAUACACUAGGUAGUGACUAGCUCGGCGUUUAGGUAGAUGGUUAGAUAUCAAUAUAGUGUAAUUCUUCC